CAGAAGUGCUUCACAGUUUCUUUUUUUUUGGAUUCUUUCCUUUCUAGGUUCUUCUGUUACUGUUGGUUUACAUAGUUUCUUUCUUUUCGGUUUGUAACCAUGGCGUCUGGAACUCCAUCAACGGAUCCAAUGCUUGAGGACGAUGCGUACACGAUUGGUCAGUCCUUGGAGAAAGAGCUUUUAGGAAAAGGAUAUCGCAUGGAAACCCCGUUUGGUUCGUCGCUUGCCGCCGAAUUACAGUCGGCUACCGCCACCCCAUCCCCAUCGUCUCCUGCUGUUUCAAAGUCACCAUUGUCGGACCGUUUACCACCGAAUGCUCUCAGAGAUACUCUCAGUAGUCGUUCUUCCACCCAAUCCGAGUUACAAAAACUUGUGGUGGGGGAUCCGGCCAUGGCGGCGGCAAGGCCAGAUACCGAUCAUGAUGCCCGUCUUCCCAGAGGCGUGUCGCAAUCGCUCGCAGAGGAAGCAUUCUCUAACCAAACCAGCCCCAUUCUUUCGCCGCUUCAAUGGUCUUCUGCCAUGAGCACUUCCACCAGUUUCUACAAUCGCAGUCGACGUAGUUCUUUUUCUUCUACAUGGUCGUCAUUGGAAGUUGAGGAGGACGACCCUUUUGAAAUGCUGAAGCGACAGCUGGAGGAACUCAAUUCAGCGGUCUGGGAAACGAAAACGCUGCACAAGCGGUUAUUGAAUACACUACUCUCGGAUGAAAGCCUUCACCUACGAACCAUGAGCAAGACGUCGACCUCUGGCACCGCCAAUGACUACGCGCCUUCCUUGGAACUCUUGAUUACGAGCGUUAUCACGUUGAUUGAACGGAAUUCACGCGAUCGCGAACGGCACAUUUACUCUUUGCGGAGCUUAGACAACGUGAUCCGGAAAGAGAGCACAUGGAUGACCGGUGAUGUCAUGAAAGAGUUGGAGAUACUGUUGGCGUCGAUGCGAUCGACGUUGUACGAUCAGACUUACUCUUAUGAAAACCCGCUUCCAAUGAUCCGGAAACUGAGUUUGGACACGGGCGCCAUGACCGAGUCCCUGGAAGAGUUGAAAGAGCUGAUGUACGUCAAUAAGCGACAGGUCCAGGAACUCAACUCACGACUCCGAUCGAUUGCGAAAACGGUGCAUGAAGUGCGCAAGGAUAUCCGGCGGAUCAACAAGUUUCUCGAAGAAAAGGAUGAUGAGGACGCAGUGGUCCUGGAGAAAGGCGAAGUGGAAGAGCGGCUGCGGGAGAUCAUGUGGGGCUUGGAUGACCUCGACGAAAAAAGCACCCUCAAAGUCAAACAGUUGCAGAUUUUCUGGGAACAAGCCAUCGCCAACGCGCCUCUGGAGAACUACACCGUUGCAUAAAAAAAAGAGCUCCAACUAUUCCCCUUGCAUCUAUCUAUAUACCUAUCAUCCCUUAUAAAAGCUUCGAUGCUUGUAUGAUUCCUAUUCCCCCUUUCGCUCACUCAUUCUUUCACAAGUAAACAGAAAACUUGGUUUAAUC